GCAGCGCUGCGUUCCGUGCGGGUUUCGUUCUCUCCUCCCGCUCGACUUCCGGGCCGCUUCUCCCCAGCUCCCCUUUCACUGGUCCCGGCGUGCAGCUCUACGUGGCGUCCUGGGAUUGCGGCGCUUUAUAUCUAGGCCGGAUGACAGAGCGCCCAUCCUCUGGCAUCGUGUUGCUCAGCUUUGCCGCUGACAUCCUGAGGAGUUCUGUGCUGCAGGGCAUCUGUGUUGGCAGUUAUUUGUGUUUGUCACUCCCAAGUAAUGUUGAGUUAAGAGGGGGACAUGGCUGUAAGAGCAUGUGGCUUGAUAAUCUACAGAAGACUGCAGCCAUCACCAUCUUCUAAGGCUGCUGACAGUAUUGAAUACCUCCUCCUCCAGACAUCUUAUGGGACCCAUCACUGGACCCCCCCCAAAGGCCAUGUGGAUCCAGGAGAGGAUGACUUGCAGACAGCCUUCAGGGAAACACAGGAAGAGGCAGGUCUUCAGGCCAGUCAGCUCACUCUUGUAGAAGGGUACAGGAAGGAACUGCACUAUCCUGUCCAUGGCAAACCCAAGACUGUUGUUUACUGGCUGGCAGAGGUGAAGGAUUAUAACACAGAAAUUAAGCUCUCAGAGGAGCACCAGGCUUUCCGCUGGCUGAAGCUGGAGGAUGCUUGCAAAUUUGCAGAAUAUGAGGAUAUGCAAGCAACUCUGAAAGAUGUGCAUCAGUUUCUCAGCUCUGACAAAUAAAUGCUUUUGUGAAGAGCAAGAAGAAUUUUUGGAGAAACAGCCUGAUAUAUAUAUUUUUUUAAACUUAAUUUUAAUUUUUGGCAAUAGAAGUACUAUGUGGCUGCAGAAAUAUACUUUGUUUUCUAAACCUCUACAAAGUCAGUGAUAGAUACUUGGGGCUUUUAACGAACUUUGUCUCCCAUAGCUGAUGUAAAAAUAAUGUGGUCUGACUGAACUGUAAGAUGAAGAGGUGUCUGAGUUGAAGCCUUGAGCUAACAAAGUCUCUCUGUGUUCCUCUCCAUUUUUUUUUUCUUAAAGUGCUGAAUAAUUGUGUCUAUUUUUUAAAAUCGAGCACUUGAUGUUUCUUGACUUGCUGAUAUAGAUCUGUAGUGUUGUAAAAAUGAGCAUAUGGAGAUUUUUUAAUUAUAAAAUGUGUAUUGCAGAAGUCGCAUCUCCCAUUUAAAAUAGGGCAGCAGUAGUUCUGUUCCCAAUUCCUCUGCUGAUAUGCUGUGAUUACUUGUCAAAUCAUUUCAGGUCUUGUUUGUUUGUAUCAUGAAUUUAUGUACAUGGCUAUUAUUCUGUUACGAAAAUAGUUGCUAUCCGAGGAGUCUCAGUAAACUGUUGACAUCCAGUA